GGCUGUGUCUUGGUGUUGAGCAGGAACUUCGUGCAGUAGCCUGCUUUGGGCUCUUGGGAAUCAUAGCACUGCAGACGAUCGCCUACAGCAUUCUGUGGGACUUGAAGUUUUUGAUGAGGAACCUGGCCCUGUGAGGAGGUUUGUUGCUGCUCUUAGCAGAGUCCCGUUCGGAAGGGAAGAGCAUGUUUGCAGGUGUCCCCACCAUGCGUGAGAGCUCUCCCAAGCAGUACAUGCAGCUUGGAGGCAGGGUCUUGCUGGUCCUGAUGUUCAUGACCCUCCUUCACUUUGAUGCCAGCUUCUUUUCUAUCAUCCAGAACAUCGUGGGCACAGCUCUGAUGAUCUUGGUGGCUGUUGGCUUUAAAACCAAGCUGGCGGCUUUGACUCUUGUUGUUUGGCUGUUUGCUAUCAAUGUGUAUUUCAACGCCUUCUGGACCAUUCCAGUCUAUAAGCCCAUGCAUGACUUCCUGAAGUACGACUUCUUCCAGACCAUGUCGGUGAUUGGAGGCUUGCUCCUGGUGGUGGCUCUGGGCCCUGGGGGUGUUUCCAUGGAUGAAAAGAAGAAAGAGUGGUAACAGGCAGAUCCCUACCCUACCUGGCCAAGACCUGUGCCCUUGUGGACUGGUUCAGGGUGGAGUCAACAAACUGCCAGCAGUUCCGUGUCCUCUUCCCUCCCCCCCCCUUGGUAAAGGCACCGAUGUUUGAGAACUUUACUUGCAGACACCUGAAAAUUGGGGGCAAAAUCUGCUCUGGAACCACAGGCUGGUAUCUGACCGCUGAGUGCUGCCCAGCUGCAUGGCCAGUCACCUGGCCAGCCCCUGACAUGAGCAGCUCAGUGGGUUGU